AUGAUCGUGGACCUCAAUCAUAUCGAGUUCUACAAUGGCCCAAGUCGCCCGCCGUUUUCUACCAGUGCAACAAGCGUGCCCCCCAAUCACGGUCCAGCUCAUGUGCCACGAUACUUCCAGCAGUCGUUUCCCACUGGAUUCGGCUUCCGUGCAGGACCCUGUGAGGUACCUCCAGGACAGUCACCGCCGCUGACUGGUACAACUCAUGAGUGGAACAUAUUUGACACUGAGAUCAAUCAUAUCUAUGGACCCACUCAGCCUGCAAUUUCGAAAGAUAUCGAGCGCGCAGUGACAAAAAAUAUGCCAGCUGCCCGUGAUAUUGCGUUGGAUCGUGGAAGCUCCGCACCGGCUUUCUCAGAGCCAGUGCCAUCGACAGACUCCGUGAAUCCAAGUUUGUGUCCUGUAGUACCAGAGAACUUAGAUCACAUUACUCCUGAUAUGCGGGGAGAUGAGUUAACGGACGCUGUUCCUGGUGCCAAAGAAAUGGAGCACUCUCAACUUUCGUGCGUAUCCUGUGUGACCGCACCCGCGCCUACAGCCGAACAAGCAAACUGUGUCUCUAGCAACCUAUCUGUGGUGGGCGAUUCCGAACAAGAAUUAGCCAAGCGAAAGUUAUCUACCACGGAGGGCUCAGACAGUCUGCACUCUGGGGACUUCGAAAAUUUUACGGAGCCUAGUCAGACAUCUGACCUAGGUGAAAACCCAUGCUCCAGGGCAAACGAUGCUCCGGGGCGGGCUGAAGAUUCCGGCACCGCUGAAGACAAAUCAGCCCCAUCUUGCCCGUCCGCUCCGCCUACUGUGCGCUCUACUUCAGAAUGUGCUUAUGCUCCAACGACAAUGGGUUCUGAUAUCCCGGUGCGCUACCCGUCGAUAGCUGUAGUUGUCCCCCCACCAUCACCGUUCUGGAAGGCAGGAGCCACCAGGACAAGCACAAGGGCCGCUGCCGCAGUAUGCAAGAAGCGACUCCGCUCAGGUCGAGGCAUUGGUAACCACCAAGAUGGGAACACCAGCUUCUAUAACCCAGAACAGCCGUGUCAAAAUAAAAAGAAACGGAGGCCUUCAAUCAGGCCACUUCCCGACCCUUCGGACUCUUCCACUCCCGUUUCAUGUCAUUGCCCUGGUGCUAUCCAAGGCAUACGCGGGAGCGCUCUCCUCACGGUCCAAUCCAAUUCUGGCCUGAAACCGGCAUAUUUCUUUACUUUCGUACCCGACCCCAGCCCGAAGCUGUUUCGACCACACACGGCGGUCAUCUCAGGGAAACAAAGACCGUACACGUCGGAUGAGAAUGUACUGCUGGUGCGGCUGAAGGAAAGAGAGGCUAUGUCAUGGUCUGAGAUUACAGCUCAUUUCCCAGGCCGAAAUAUGUCCUCCCUUCAAGUCCACUACUCAACCAAAUUACGCCACAAGGCGAGUUCUCGGUCUGGAAGAACGAAGAGACGCGAAUGA